AGUCACCACGGUGACGUUUCUGAGUGUCCCAGCCCACUCCUUGCUCCCCACACCACAGGAGCCAUUGCGCUUCAUCCUGCUGCUGGCAGGACAAACCUCAUUGGCUGGAGAAAAGCAGACAGAAAUUUCCAAGUGAAAAAUUAAUAAUUAAAUUAAUAAUUAACAAUUAAUAAUUAAGAUGGAUAUAUCUUUAUCAGAAACAUCAAAUGUUUCUGUUCCAGACAUUGACCUGGCAGCCUCAGCUUCUUCUGUCCCUCAAGCACGUGGUAAAAGAGUUGCUCAGGAUGCUGCCUUAGGAUCUAUGAUAGCAGAAAACACUUCUCAAGGUUCAUGUGAGGAACCAUGCACAAAAAGACUACGUCUUAAUCUGUAUGAGAAGUGCUCUGGCAAAGCCAAUGAUUUGUCAUCUUUCUCCUUUCUGAAAAAACUCUGGGAAAUUGUUGAAAGCAAUCACUUUCAGUCGAUUGGGUGGGCCGAUGAUGGAAACUCUAUAGUGAUCGAGGAAACAUUCUUCAAAAGGGAAGUGCUGGCAAGGAGAGGACGUCUGCAAAUUUUUGACAUUGACAGCAUGAAAACUUUCAUUCGUCAGCUUCAUCUUCAUGGAUUCUUCAUUAUAGAAGGAGAUUUGCCAAGAUCUGCUUCAUGUGCUAAAUUCCUAGCAGAUGAAGCAGCAGUUUCCACUUUUAGCAAGUUUCUCUGCUACUAUAACCCCUAUUUCAAGAGAUAUUAUCCCCAUCUGCUAAGAAGAUUCAAGCGAAGUACUGGUAUAAAAAAGAGAGCACCAGGUGCAUUCACGCUGGACCUGGAUUUGAAGGAGGGCCACCUGAGCAGACGCCCUCUGAAGAAACAGUCAGGCCCUGCUGUGUCAGUGCGCACUGAGCACCCCGGUAGCAUCCAGGAUGCUGCUCCCGCUUCAUCUGCUGCUUCUCCAUAUCACAUUGCAUCUUCUGUACCAAACAGUCCUUUUCCACCAGGGCUGGGACUGGAUGGUGGAGCUGCAGGUGAUGGGGUUGGACGUCAACACAAUUUAUACUAUAGGAAGUAUAGAUGCUAAGUAUCAAGUGAAUAUAGUAGUUCCAAAAAUAAAUUUUCUGAAUAUUUUCCA